AACGCCCAACGCACAUCAAAUAUUCCUGUUUUUCUCUGCGUUUUCAUCUCAUUUGUAUCACGUUAAGAGGAGAUACCGAGUCGUUUUUUUUUUAAACCUUACAUUCAUCACUAAGCCGUGAACAUGCAGCCACUGAACGCCAUUGGUCGCCUUUUCUGUGUUUUCUGCCGUCGUCCGUGCAAAGACGGGCACCUUUUAGCGCAGAUAAGAAACACCCAUCCGGCAGCAGGACGCCUUUGGUAUUCAUUUUCUCCUCUUUCUCAUCGCGUGCCGAGGUUGUUGUUGUGUAAAAUACAGAUAUAUUAAAGAAAACAUUUUCCAAAACAGACUACGCAUUGUUUUUUUUACCACAUUAUUGAUUAAUUUACGUUUAAAAUUCAGCUCUGUGUCGAUGACAAUGUUUUAUUUUUUUAUACACGGAGAAUCAGCUUUUUUUCAUCCGCGUGACCGGCAAGCAUCAGUUCUCGCCUGCUGUACGCGCGCUCCCGACAAAGCCACAGUCGCUGUCCUUCACACCACGUGAACGCGCGUUCAUAGAGCAGAGGAGAGGAGAAGAGAAGAGAGGGGGAUUGAUUGACAGCAGCCUGAAGUCAGGAUUAGAGUAAUUUCCAUUCGGAGGAGACAUCGAGACUCAGUCGAGGUCAGCGAUGCUUCACCAUCGGGACCAACCUCUGAACUCGGCCUACGGAGGCAAAGGAGGCUCCGGCAAUGGCUCGUCCUCGCUGCAAAACAGGAAGUGUGACAAAGACGGCAACUUCAACUUCCUGCCGGGCAAAGAUGAUGAGGGCACCGGAGGAGGAGGGGACGAGAACCGAAACCCGGUACGUCCCCGCAAUUUGGGCCCCCUGGGUCGCGACCCUCCGAACUCCUCGUCCUCCGGUUAUCACCACAACUUGGGGGUCCUGUCGCCACGCUCCCGCCACCCCCCCUGGAGCCGCCUGGAGCCCCUGCCGGAAAUCGAGUGCGGGGAUGAUGGUUACGGCCGUGUGCCCCCCGACGGAGCGGAGGAAGGUAGGAUGCAGGAGGAGGAGAGGGUGAUGAUGAACCAUGCUGAGGAGAAGGAGAAAAUUGAGAUGCAGGGGAGGAAAAGCAGCAGCGCAAGGGAGGAAGAGGAAGAUGUGGCGUUGCUGGAGGAUGGAGACGAAUGGGGCGACAGCGACUCUGAGUCCGAGUUCAGCAACCGGUCCGGCGGCAGCAUGUCCUCCCUCAAUAUGGACAGUGGAGGCGAAGGGAUGCUCAUGGGAGGCUGGGACCGCAUCGGGGUCGGGGAACCAAAAUCCAACCAUCAGGAGUGCGACCUGACCAGAAACGGCAAUCAAGAACCGUCCGGGAGACGCAGAAGCUCUGUCAUCAAGUCGCUGACAGCGAGCAACCUGGGAAAUCUUCUGGAGGAAGGAGCCGAGGAGGAAGGCGACGACCGGUCUUCGGACUCGGACGGCGAGAUGCCCGAGCUGAUGGACGCUGUGUGGACGCUGCGAGACCGCGAGCGCUUCAAGGCCCAGGAGAUGGAGAAGCACCAGGUGCAGCUGACCAUGUACCGCCGGCUGGCGCUGAUCCGCUGGGUCCGCACCCUGCAGGGCCGCAUCCAGGAGCAGCAGAACCGCCUGCAGUCCAGCUUUGACGUCAUCCUCACGCAGAGGAAGGAGCUGCUGCGCAUGGGCGCCGCUGCCGCCAUGGCCAACGCUGCACCCCCCGCUGCCGCUUCCGUCGGCCAGUCAUAGAGAGAGAGAGAGAGAGAGGGAGACAUGGGAGGAUCUGAAACAGGAAGUGGUUAAAAACAAUGUUUUUUUCUUCUGUUUGCUUCCAUCCUUCAGACAUUUCGCCCAAAUAAAAAAAAAAGACAGUCUCCCAUCGUCUUGACAGACGUCUUUAAAGUUCACACUGAUGUUGCUGAUUGUAAUAGUUUUUCUUUGCUGGUGUCCCACCCGGAGCAUCAAUACAUACAUGUAUCAACACCAAAACCAGAACACUUUAAUGUGAGAAUAUGUUUUUUUGAAAACUAUUCUGUCUGUACGCUGUUCUUGUUUGUCUUGACCUGUGCGUGGAAAAAAGUGGACCAAAAAAAGAACAUUGUGUAGAUGUAACUGUUCGAUAUGAUUUGUACUCUGAGACCAUGCUGUAUAUAGAGAGAUGAUAGGUAAAUUUAAAGAAUAAAGUUAUAUGAUAUAUCAGA